AUGUACGGUACUUAUGGUGGUAGUUAUGGGUCACGGGAUAAGUCGCUUCCGAGCAAAUCGUGGACCCAAUCGAUGGCCAGAUAUCCGCUGAUUAUAUCCUCGGACACAAUGAUCCUCUUAAAUAGUUUGAGCCGUGUUUUGCCGUCAGUUGAGUCCACUUUUGUCUUAAACUCAGCCAUCAAUAAUAUAGACAGCUCCACAUUAAGACAACAAUGUGUGGGUCGUAAAGGAAUUGACACUCAAUACUGUGUUUGCAACGCUACCUAUUGCGAUGACCUAGAUCCUAUUACCAAACAACCCGUUGGAACUAUACUGUCCUUCCAGACCAGUAAAAGUGGGGAUCGAUUCAAAGAAUCCCAGUUAAAGUUUACCAAACAAAGUGUCCAUGAUAACGCUGAUCGUUUCGUACUGACCCUGGACAAAAGUCAAAAGUUCCAGAAAAUAUUUGGUAUAGGUGCUGCGUUUACGGAUGCAGCAACUAUUAAUAUUGGUAGUUUGCCCAAGGCCAUGUCCGAUAGAGUUAUCAAGGACUAUUUCUCAGCAUCUGGUGUUGGUCUCAGUAUGGCUCGCAUACCUAUAGCCGGAUGCGAUUUCUCUACACAUGAAUACACAUACGAUGAUACAAAGGAUGAUUAUUCCCUUGCACAUUUUGCUUUGCCGGAUGAAGACAUCAAAUAUAAAAUCCCGCAAAUUAACCUAGCUAAACAGGUGGCUCAACAUGGUCUUAAACUUUAUGGAAGUCCCUGGAAUACACCGCAUUGGCUCAAUGACAAACAGUUAUUGAAAACUCAACCAGACAAACAAUACGAAACAUGGGCUAAUUAUUUUGUCAAAUUCCUGGAUGAGUACAAAAAGCAUGGCAUUGAGUUAUGGGGACUGACCAUGCAAAAUGAGCCAAUGUCAUUUAGUUCAAUGAAUUUUGUAAACGCAUCCAUUGAACGUGAUUUUGUGAAAAAACACCUUGGUCCCGCAUUGACAAAGGCUGGAUAUACAAAAGACAAAAUGAACUUGAUGGUCUACGAUGAUGGCAGUGAAAAGAAUCCUAUGAUCGAGUACGUGGACACGUGUCUCAGUGACCCUGAUACUGCUAAAUAUGUAACAGGCAUUGCAUUCCACUGCUACCUGGCCAAUAGAUACGCGGCAGUUGAUGCCCUCCAUAAGAAAUAUCCGGAAUUUUUCACUUUUAUGACUGAGUGUUGUUACGGCUUUCACAAGCCGGACGAUCCUCAAGAACGGGCCAAACUGGGGGAAUGGAGUUCCGGUCCGGGGAAUGCCAAUCAAAUCAUAGAUACGUUUACCCAUUAUGUAAGCGGAUGGGUGGAGUGGAAUUUGGCCCUGAACGUGUUUGGUAACCCUAAUAAGGAUAAGAAAAUGGCGGGCGCACCCCUGAUCAUUGAUGUUGAUAAGAAAGAAUAUUACAAAAAUCCCCAAUUCUAUGCCAUUGGACAUUUUAGCAAGUUUGUAGCACCCGACUCAGUUAGGGUUGAGUUGAAUGUUAGUAAACAACCUGGUGGAUUUAAUUCUAUGGCAUUUGAAAGGCCAGAUAAUGCAGUGGUCAUUGUUAUGGUAAAUGAUAGUCCCACAGCGCUUGACAUAACAAUAAAUGACCCCGCUCAUGGUAAAGUUGAUACACAUAUACCCGAGCAUUCAAUUCAAUCGUAUCAUACGGUUGUAGUGACUAAACAUCUCGGUUUGAACUGCACAGCUCCGCAGAACCUCGUUAACCGUCGCGACUGUAUAGCCAGGAAAGGAAAGGACAGCCCAUACUGUGUCUGUAACACCACUUAUUGCGAUGAUUUGGAUCCUAUUGUUAAGCAACCGAAGGGAACG